ACAGUUCGAAUAAAUCGAAGUUACGAGCGACACAAGCAAUACAAGCGACUUUUGGAGUUUUUCGAAACUUUCGAGGAGCCAUUCUCUGCUGUAAUUUUCAAAGUUAUUGGAAGAUUUUGAAUUAAACAAGGAAGAUGUCUUUGCUACCGUACGCGUUUGAUUACGACUUUCCCGUCAUACCCAGACGUUUGUUUGACCAAGAUUUCGGCUUGGCAUUGACUCCGGACGACAUACUCGUAUCUGCAGUUUCUCCAUUAAUGUCUCGCGAUUACUACAGACCGUGGCGUCAAUUGGCUGCUGCGGUUAGAGAUCAAGGAUCCAAUAUCAAGUCUGACAAGGACAAAUUCCAAGUUAAUAUAGACGUGCAACAUUUCGCACCGGAAGAAAUCUCCGUCAAAACUGCGGAUGGGUACGUUGUAGUUGAAGGCAAACAUGAGGAGAAAAAAGAUGAACAUGGUUACAUUAGUCGUCGGUUUGUGAGAAGAUAUGCUUUACCUGAAGGUUGCCGAGCGGAGACUGUAGAAUCUAGGCUAUCUUCGGAUGGAGUAUUGUCGAUUAUCGCCCCGCGCCAAACUCAACAAGUAGUGAAAGGUGAACGACCAGUCUCUGUUCAGCAAACAGGACCGAUCAGGAAAGAAAUUAAGGACCAGGGACCGCCAGAAAACCAACAAGCGAAGAAAUGAACAACCCUCGGAACUUUUCCUCUAGUCCUUAAUUAUACCUACAUAAUUUAAGACUGAAUUUAGUGUAAUAAGCUUUCAAU